CAUGUGAACAAUACAUUCAAAAUGGCCACCGAGGGAGUACUUCCGCUUCCCGAUUGUACUUAAAAUGACUGUCAAUAGUUUCAAUGUUUACUAAAGUUAUUUGUAUAUCAUAGUAUAUGUAGACCUAUUAGCUUUUAGCCUUAGGAAUUACAUUGAUGAGUGCAAUGAUGUUCUUGACAUCUAAAUCUAGAUUCUAAGUAAAUCUUAAGUGCGAGGAUUCUCUAUUCGCACUAGAUUAUUUUAAUUUUAUGACUUAUCAAAAAUAUCAUCACAAAACAUGGGGUCACGAAUCAGAGAAAAGCCAGAACGUUUCUUUGAGGUAUUUGUUGAGAUUGCAAAACCUGAAGGAAUUGAUGAUGCUCCAUUUAUUAUUCAGAAAUAUCCUGCAGAUUUUGAGGAUAAGGAAGCUCUAGCAAUGAUACCGAAAUUUGCUUUCCCUUGCAAGACUGAAGUGUCCACAGUGGAGCACUUCACUUUUGUCUUGACUGACUUGGAAAGUAUGUUUAGAUUUGGUUAUUGUAGGCAUGCCACAGGACAUCAGACUUGUCUCUGUAUAGUCAGUUGUUUACCUUGGUACGAAAUAUUCUACAAAUUUCUGGAUCUGUUAGCGGAUAUAACCAACAAGUCUGAAAACAACAAUGUGACCAAGUUAUUAGAGAAAAGUUACAACCAAGAAGUCCCAUCACCUAGGAUACCAGUAACAAUAGUUGCUAAUGAGGAUAUGUUUAGCUUUACUCCUCCAGAUCCAAAUAUACUGCCCAGUUUAUCUAGCAAUAGAAAUCUUAAAGAAUACUACAGCGCUGUAGAUCAUGAAAAUAUGAUGAAAAUUUUUGCCAGCAUGCUUCAUGAACGACGUAUUUAUAUGACUUCCAAAAAGCUCAGCAGGUUAACAGCAUCUAUACAUGCAGCCGAGAGCAUGCUCUACCCUAUGCAUUGGCAACACCUUUACAUUCCCAUCCUGCCAUCUCACCUCAUUGAUUAUAUUAGUGCCCCAAUGCCAUAUUUGAUUGGAGUCCACAAAAAUUUAGUAGAGAAACUGGUGCAGAACCGUGUCGAUGUAGGGGAUGCUGUGGUGGUUGACCUAGACAACAAUACUGUUACCUCCAUCUACGAUGACUUAGGAGACUUACCUCAUGAUGUGUCCAGUUUUCUCAAAAAAAUGUUGAGGAAAGAUACAAAAAACACAAUGUUGUAUACAGGGGAUGCUGUGUCCAAGGCAUUUCUCCAGGCAAUAGUUAGACUCAUUGGUGGCUAUAGGGAUGCAUUAAAGUUUAGGCAAGGUGAGGCAAUUACAUUUGAUCCUGAAGCUUUUGUACAGUCCCGUCCUUCAGAAAGUCAGCCAUUCCUUGAAGGCAUGCUCAGUCUACAAAUAUUUCAGCAGUUCAUCAGAGGCAGGUUGGAGAGGCUUGAGACUGGCCAUGGUUACACAGAUAUCUUUGAUGUGGAGGCCAAUAAAUAUAAUGAUAAGCUUCAUUCUAAACCCAAGUACAAGGAAUUUAUUAAAUCUGCCAAGAAAAGUGGAUCUAAAAGCAUUAUGAAACUACGCAGACAUUCCACUAAGGCAGCACCAAUGAUGACAACGGCUAUGCAUUCAAAUGGAAAAAAUAUAUUUAAGUCCUUGGAGAUUACAGAGCAAGGGAGGAAAGCCAUGACUACAGUGAAGACAAAAAUAUCAGGGCUAACUGAACCAGAGGAGAGAAGAGGGAGUGAGUUUCGAGUGUCUGGUGGACUGGUUCACUCCAAGCCCGUGACCCAUUCAUCUUCAUUAAAAGCACAGAGGCCGCCAAGACCACCACCUCCUAACAAAUCUUACAGUAAACCAGAUACUAGAGAGACACUUCAAGUGGAAGACAUGGUAGAUGACAGCACCUUGAGACUAAGUUACCACUCACCAGAUCUAAACCUGAUGGCAGACAGUGACAUACAGGCGGCCAUGUUCAGGUCUGCCAGUGCAGAGAUGUUGCCACAGUAUACUUCCAACAGACAGAAUUCCAGUGGUUCCUGUUCCACACCAUCCAGUGAUUCUAUAGGUGAAAAUGACAUCCCAUUUGAUGCUCUAAACAGCUCGGAUGAAGAUUCUUCUGUUGAACCAACACCAGAGAUAAUAAAAAAUGUUGAGCCUCCGACCUUCGUACCUGCUGAUAAACUAAUACGUCCUCAGAGUGAUCGUUUAAUAGGUAAACCUGGGGAAUUUCCUGUGCGGCCCCCGAGAGAGAAAAAAUUGCUCAAGUCCAGUCCCCAGCCUGUGGUGGCACUAAGACAACCGCCAACUGCGGCUCCAAGAAGAUCCAGUUUACAUAAACCCAAAUCCGAAGAGGUACCAGCAGAAGCUGUCCCUGAAGCAAUGCUCAUUAAGUUUGACUCUCCAGAAUCUGAAACUUCAAACACUGAUAUCUUUGAUCCCCUUAGCUCAGCUUCAAAACCCACAGAAACUAGGGAAGAUGAAGUGGACACAAGGGCAUUGGUUCGAAACCAUAGCUCAAGAGUGUCCUUGACCAGGUCUCAAGCUUUUAAACGUGACAGUCCUGUGUUUGUAAAGCCCCGUGUGAAAGAGGAUGAUGACUUGGAUUUAAUGACACUCAGGAAGGAUUCUACUGCAGACUUAUUUGACCCCUUGUCACCAAGUAACAAAGAUUCUAGUUUGACUGCACCCAAAUCUGACCCACUUUCUAGUCAUAGUCCCCGCAGGGAAAGCUCUGAUCUUUUGUUUCAUGAGUGGUCAAUAGCAUCAUUGCCUAGAGGGCCAAACAUAACACUGCCAGUUGGAGGUUUGGCUAUUUUACAGCCUCCGUCAUUCAGCAUGACACCUAUCAAACAGUCUUUGCCUAUGAACCCAGCUUUUGAUAGCGUGAAUCCAAGAGCUACUAGUAUGAUUCAGGGCUAUGGGGGUCAAAAGCAGGUACUUCAGCGAGUCAGUUUACCUUCAAAUCACAAGGAGCCAGUUAAUCCUCCUCCUGGGAGAUUGCCACCAUCAAUGCUCGCUCCUUAUGCAUACCCACAAACAAGCAAACUGCCUCAGUACCAGACUUUUGGUAACCUCUCCUCCCCCAAUAGUGCCCAUGGAAGUUUGAACUCUCUGGGCUCUAACAGCCCUUUAUCAAUGAGUGCUAAAAAUAGCCCAGCGGUAUCUCCUUCCCCAUCAAGGUCCACAACGCCAGCAAUCAGCUCCAACAAACAGUCAGACCCAUUCAGUGACCUACUGGAUAUAGAUUUUGGAAACACUAGCCAAAGUGCGGAUAACAAACAGAGCACAGAAAAGCAAGCUCCUUCCAAAACUAAUUGGGAGACAUUUGACUAAAUCUCUUGAAAACUUGCACUGAAGUUUGGAAUGAGAACUUCAGACCUCAAUUGGAGCUUGUUAUUUCCUUUACCUAUUCCAGAUAAAACAGACUUGAUCAUUCUAGCACUGGAAGUUGUUUGAAUAUAUUUGGUUGCAGAGAUUGAAUAUUUCAUUGACACCACCAACAUUAGAGCACCCUUAAUAAGAUUCUACACUCAUGUCAUACUGGCAUUCUCAAUGAAAUGCUAGGUCACAGAACAGCUUGACACAGUCAUGCUAGUUGUUUUUUUUCUAACCCAGGCUCUCUCUGUGAUUUUUAUUUACUUCUCCAUGUCCCUGUGUGCUAGUCAUACAUCAUGUGUUUUUUUUUUUUAUAAAGCUUAUAUCAACUCACUCUGUCUAUCUGUCUGGUUGAAAGUUUGUACACAUAUUUUCUCCCACACCCAAUCUCAGAUCAAGCUGAAAUUUUGCACAAUUAUUUCUUUUACCUAACAAAACAAGAAUCAACAAAAAAAAAAAUUAAUCAAUUAGUUAAUGAACUAUUGGUAAUAAAUUAUUUUGUUUGGUAUCUCAAACAAGGGAAAGAAAUUGUACUUGACUGAAGUGGUAUACAGUGAAAUAGUCCCCUUAGUAAACACAAACAUGAAAUAGAAACAACAGAUAACUAUACAAUAUUUCAUGUUCAUAGACUCUUUGCUAGCAGAAUGAUUACUGUGUUGGCUUGAGAAGGCUUUAGCCUACAAGUUCAAUUCAGGUUGUCUCCUUUUUUUAAAAAAUACAUUUAAAAAGUGAUCACCCAGAUACUCUGUACUUUCUGCCCUUACCCCUUUCCAACUGGUCCAGACAAGUGAUGGGUUCAUAACAUGUUGAGAAAGCUAAAAGCAUGAAGUUACGCUAAACAAAAACUAUUGGUAAAAAAAUAUUUCUAAUAGCACAGAUUUAUUAAUGUUAGUCUAGAUCUAUUACAGAUUUAAUUGCAUGACACACUUGAUACAUUGAUACACUUGAUAUAAGCUUUGUUUUGUUUUUUUUAUGUUUUUUUUUGUAUUUUGCUUGUUUGUUGUUUGACUCAAAAACAUCAGAUUCCAAUUGUGUCCAGUUAUGUGUGUGUCAGGGCUAAUGUGUUGUAUCAGAAAAUAUAUCAACCAAACACUUGCAAAACAAUUUUUUGGAAAUCUUUGAACUACAUUUUUGGGGGUGGAGGGGUUUAUGAAAUUGUGACUCUAGAGCAGUGGUUCCCAAACUUUUUUGUCUGGUAGACCCCUGGGGGUCUAUAUAGACCACUUUGGGAAUCACUGCUCUAGAGCUAUCCUACACCAACAAAAUUUGAGUUUUAACCCUAGCAGACCUGAUGUCUUGAAUGUCCUUAGACUUCAUUGGGUGAGGGACAUGCCCAUCCUUCUAUUACUAUCAAAGAUUUCUUUAAGAAAUUCUGACUACCCUAAGUGUCUGAAAUAUAUUGAUCAACUUACUGUUGACAUGCUUAAUUUAUCAUCAGUGGGAAGGAUUCACAUCAAAACAUACAUGGGAUUUAAUUAUGAUCGGUGGAUUAUUUUUAGAUCUUGGUAGCUAUUGACAUUUUUUGGAUGACCUUUUUUAUUUUAAAGAAGUGAAAUAUAUAGAAACCAACAGUUUAACACAUUUUAUUUUUAAUUUAGUUUCAUGCCUAAGUUUCAUCCUUUGUUUUAUUCUUUUAAAAAUUAAUCAAUAGUAAUUGUACAAAAGAUUUGACCCGAACUCAACAAAAGUAAAUACUGUGUUAAAUGUGAAACAUGAUACAAACACUUGUGAUUUUGUUUGUGUUUAUCUUGAAUGGAUGUUAGUCGGAUUUGUUGUACCAGGAUCAUUAAAUGGAAAACCUCUUAAGAAAAGCUAUAGUGUAUAUUUGUGACAUAUUGUUUCAAAAAAGGAUUAAUUUAUACAUAUUGUUAAGUUCAGUGUAAUUAUUUGCAGCGCAAACUUUGUCUUUUCACAUAUAUAUAUAUUUUUUUAAAACUCACAUUAAUAUUUUGGUGUUUCAGUUUGUAUAAUGUGGGCAUCUUUAUAGUUUAAAGUUCAUUACAGUAAGCAUCUGCGUGUUUACUUAUGUCAAAACAGUUAUUGACAAUGUAAGAAGGCUUUAAAAUUUAUAUUAAAAAGUGUGGAUGUAUUUUGACAUAGUGUCUAUGUCUUGGUCUCUACAUUGUGUCUAUGUCUUGGUCUCUCUGUGAUGUGUUACAGCUGAUAGCAUUAACCCUGAAUUGUUUAAAAGCCUGCAAAACCUUCUGGAGGAGAAAGCUGACUUAAUGGAUAGAAAGCAAUGUUUUGUAUUUUUCAACUGAAGUUCAAUGUAUUUGUUAAUGUGGACAAUUUCAUCCUAUCUCAUCACCAACGAAACUUGCAUUGUUUUGUGGAGCAUAAUCCAACUUGUCAGACUGAUUUCAUUGUCAGACUGAUUUCAUUGUCAGGCUGAUUUUUUAAAGAAAUGAUUUCUUGAUUCAUAUAGGAAACAAUGUCUGAACUGAAUGUAUAGAAUCAAUCCUAAUUCAUACUGGAAACUUGCAUUCUUGAAUAAGGUUUUAUUUCUGACAUCUUUUUGUUUUCUGCUCAACUUGAUUUGCAUUUCAAAAGUUGUUGACAGUUGAGAGUUAUUACAGUUUUUUUUUUACCAAGUGUUAUCUCCCUGUGUGUUUCAUUCUAGAUUUCAUUGCUCUUGUUCUAUUCAUCAAUCAUCUUAUUGACAUUUCCUUCAAUGUUGAUUCUCCAUUGGACCUCUGACAAAAUCAUUUACAUUUUAUUGUUGCCUAUAGACUGUUGGUAAGUAGGCCUACAGAUUUAUUAGUUACAUCCUAUUGUACUUGGAGCUUUAAUUAUAUAGGAUCAAGUCAUGUGGGUCAUCUCCAAAGUUUAAGAUUUUUUUUCUAGUUCAACAUUUGUUUGAUGUGAUUACUGAAAGCUGUGUGGGCAUUGCGCGAUGUUUAAAUCAACUGUGACACUGAGAGUCGCUUCCCUUGUUGUGUACAUAUCUAUUUAUCAACAUUCUUGGGCUUGCUUUAAAAGAAGAGACUUUCAAAUAUGAUCAUUUUUUAUUCUGCUUUAUAACUCUGUGAUCAUCUCCUUUUACUUCUGUUCAACUUGUGAACAUUGUGACUUAAAGUACGCAUCUAUGUUGUGUUUAUUGAUCUCUAAAUUGACAACACUGCUUAGAGUGAUGUUUUUUUUUAAUCCAUUGAAGCAACAAUACUUUUGUUGGAUCAGGGAUUUGACAGAGCUUCAUACAUAUAGAAGUAUGUUCAAUUCUAGAAAAUUUUUGAAAAUUGUUUCAAGAAGUUAACAUUCCCUAACAUUAGUUCUAGCAAAGAGUCACACAAAAUCUGAGUCACAUUCAUAUAGGAGAAAGAUAGAGUAGGUUUGAAAACAAACACCCAUCAUGGACCCACUUAAAAGUUUUGAUCUCAUUCCUUUUAGUUUAUUUUUAGCAUCACUAAGAUCUCAAGAAUAUUAUUUCAACUCUGAAUCCUGGAAAAAAAAAAACUAUAUUGUCUAUUUAUACUUGAAUGAGGUCAGCCAGCAUAAUACUUUCUUUUUCUGAGAAGGAUUUGGAAAUGUAGAACCGGCUGUUAUAACGGACAUAUCCAUCCAUUUCUUUUUCAGAAAAUAUUUGUUUCCUUUUGGUGAAGAAUCCCAGAUAUGAUCUAAUAAAAACUACAUCAGUAUCUAUUUAAGGCUGAAACUUCUCUGUAUUUAGAGCCCACCAAAAUAAAAAAAUGUUCAGUAGUUAAAAAACAUGGCUACCUUCAACUUGCCAUUGUUGUUUUUUAGUAAAAUUCUAUGACAAUUUGUUUCUUUAAGUCUUAAACUUUAUGGUUAGCAGUUGUUUUGAUCUCAUUUGUUUGUAUUGUGUUAUACUUUUCAAAGUCCUUGCUAUAUUAUUCUUUUCAAAGUCCUUGUUAUAUUAUACUUUUCAAAGUCCAAAUUUGACCAAUUGACCAUAAAAAAAAAAUGAAAUGUUCUAUUUCUGAAAUAAAAAAAAAAAGAGAAUUAAACAUCAAUUACUAUCUUACUAUCUACAAUGGCUGUUGGCUAGCUAAUAGAUCCUCAUUUGACCAUGUAGCUGGUGUUCUGACUAGUUGUUGCUCAUGUCAAACUAUGUUUUCUUUUGAGACAUUGACAUUUGUGUCUAGUGUUAACUGCAUUGGAAACACUUGGUCAUGCUGCAAUUAUAAUCAAACUGGUGUCUUUUCAUUUCUGCUGGGCACAUUGUACUGUGCUUGAAACUUUUAAAUUGAGACAUGGGAUAUUUUUUUUGAAUGCCUGGGUUUGAAUAAAGGUGAUCUGUAUGUCUACUUAGGACAAUCCUUAAAUGGAUAUCAAAAUAUUUUGUACAUUUUCUGCAAACCUUGAGUUCAUAAAGAGAAACUGGUGUAAGCAUUUCUUGUACUAUUUCAUUCACUUCUAAUGAGUCUUCCUUACGAUAGAACUGAUGACAGACAAAGCGUUCAAAGAACUUGUUCAAUGAUUACUUGUUGACAAGUACAUUAAAGGCUAUAAAUAUUUAAUCAUGCAGAAAAUGUAAUAAGCUCAAUUCAACAGCAAUUAGGUCAAGGUCAAGUGCAUGUAUUUAAAUUUUACCGCUCAAUUCACAGCCCAUGUACAUGAUUUACCAUGGCUGUCUGCUUCUGCAAACACACCAAAAUUGAUGGCUUGCGCUGAUAUCAACAGGCUGUCAAUAUUUGUAUAAAACUAUUUAAAUACUCAUCUUUGUUUUAAUCCCUACAGUCUGACUUUCCUUGAGCUUUGUGCAAGAAUAUGAUUGAUUGGUCAGUAAUGUACUGACAAAUUCAUUAUUUAUUAGUAGGUUAAACAAUUUCAAGUAUUUCAUUUGUUAUAAACAUGUUGCUUUCUUUUUAAAGAAAUGAAUUUAUUUUGUUCUAUUUUAUAUUUGUAUCAAGCUUGUAGUGUUGAAAAAUAGCAUUUUCGUAAAUAGUGCACAAUUUUUUUAAAAAAUCUUAAUUUUAUGUUUUUGCUUUACAAUUGUCUGGAACAGAAAAAAAAGUAAAAAUAAAUUAUUUUGUGAAUAUUAA